AUGACCGAAAAAGAAGUAAAAAAAUACUCAAUGGCCGAGGUCGUUGGAAAUGCGAACGCUACAAACCCGUGGAUCGUGAUCAACGACUGCAUAUACGACGUCACAGAAUUUCUAAACGACCAUCCCGGUGGCGAAGAGGUCCUGUUGGAACAAGCUGGCAAGGACGCGACCGAGGAGUUUGAAGACGUAGGACAUUCGAGUGACGCACGCGAAGUCAUGCAAAAAUACAAAAUUGGAGAACUUAUAGAAGAGGAUAAAAGACAAAAUAAGAAACCUGUGAACAAACCAACACCUGUAUCAUCAAGUGCAUCUGGAGAUGAUUUUAGUCUUUGGAAAUCGUGGUUGCUGCCUUUGACGAUGGGAGUGCUUGCUAUCUUCGUUUACCGAUACUUUAUUGCUUCAUAA